GAGGGAGGAAGAGGAAGCGGCGACGACCGUUGGUCGCAGCCUUUUGUGGUUCGGGGCGUGUGGUGCUGUGGAGGAGGAGGUCGACUGUUAAUUACUUCGUAACUGAGGGAAUAUGACUGGAAGAGCUAGAGCCAGAGCGAGAGGGAGACCUCCAGGACAGGAGGCUGCCAUUCCUCCUGUGGGAGCUGCAUCUGCUCAAAAGAGUUUGCCAAGUCUUCUACCUGGGCAGCGGCAGCCUCUGCAGCCUCCACCACUGACAGAAGAACCCGGUGGCCGUGGGCGACAGAGAGGCCCUCAGGAUGCUCCAAAGGCACUAGGAUUGCAGAUUUCGGCAGGGUUUCAGGACCUGUCUUUAGCAGAUAGGGGUGGACGUCGUCGGGAUUUCCAUGACCUCGGGGUGAAUACUCGACAAGCCAUAGAACAUGUUAGAGAAUCAAAAACUGGCUCUUCAGGUGCUGUGAUAAAACUAGUUGCAAACUUUUUUCGUCUCACAUCUCGACCCCAAUGGGCUUUGUAUCAGUACCAUAUAGACUAUAACCCUGAGAUGGAAGCACGUCGCCUUCGAUCAGGUUUGCUCUUUCAGCAUGAAGACCUACUUGGAAAAACACAUGCAUUUGAUGGAGCAAUAUUAUUCUUGCCAAAAAGGCUACCAAAUAAGAUUACUGAAGUAUUUUCUAAGACCCGAAAUGGAGAAGAUGUGAGGAUCACAAUUACAUUGACUAAUGAGUUGCCACCUACUUCACCGACAUGUCUGCAGUUUUACAACAUCAUUUUUAGAAGGCUUCUGAAGAUGAUGAAUUUGCAGCAAAUUGGACGUAACUAUUACAACCCAAAGGACCCAGUCAGCAUCCCUAAUCACAGGUUGAUGAUUUGGCCAGGCUUCACAAGCUCUAUUCUUCAGUAUGAGGAGAGCAUUAUGUUAUGUGCAGAUGUGAGCCAUAAGAUUCUUCGUAGUGAAACAGCUUUGGAUUUUAUGUACAGUCUCUAUGAACAGGUUGAAGAGAGAAGAUUCAGAGAUGCCUGUGCAAAGGAGCUGAUAGGUCUGAUUGUUCUUACAAAGUACAAUAACAGAACAUACAGAGUUGAUGACAUCGACUGGGAUGCCAAUCCACAGUGUACUUUCAGACGAGCAGAUGGCUCUGAAAUCAGCUACAUAGAUUACUACAAAAGGCAAUAUAAUCAAGAAAUCAGUGACUUGAACCAGCCUGUUUUGAUCAGUCAGUCUCGGAGGAAGAGAGGAAACAUGAUGGUAGGACCUGUGGUUCUAAUCCCAGAGCUGUGCUAUCUAACAGGAUUAACUGAGAAGAUGAGGAAUGAUUUUAACAUGAUGAAAGACUUGGCUGUUCAUACACGACUUGCGCCUGAGCAAAGAAAACGUGAAAUUGGAAAGCUUAUUGAAUACAUGAAAAAAGAUGAAUGUGUUCAGAAGGAACUCCGGGACUGGGGCUUAAGCUUUGAUUCUAGCUUACUAUCGGUUACGGGAAGAGUUGUUCAAGCAGAAAAGAUCCUUCAAGCAGGAAAUGUGUUUGAUUACAAUCCUCAGUUUGCUGAUUGGUCACGGGAAACCAGGGUAGCUCCCUUAAUCCGUGCAAAGCCUCUGGACAACUGGGUACUGAUAUACACGCGGCGUAACUAUGAUGCUGCCAAUACGUUACUUCAAAACCUGUUUAAAGUCACACCGUCCAUGGGAAUCAGAAUGAACAAGGCAACCAUGCUUGAAGUGGAUGAUAGAACAGAAGCUUAUUUAAGGGUUCUGCAACAAAGUAUUACUCCGGACACCAACAUAGUAGUUUGUAUUCUGUCCAGUACCCGAAAAGAUAAAUACGAUGCUAUCAAGAAGUACCUGUGUACGGAUUGUCCCAUUCCAAGUCAGUGUGUGAUUGCUCGUACUUUAAGCAAGCCUCAGACUACUUUGGCCAUAGUGACAAAAAUUGCCUUGCAAAUGAACUGUAAAAUGGGUGGAGAACUUUGGAGUGUUGAGAUCCCACUGAAGCAGUUAAUGAUUGUGGGCAUUGAUUGUUACCAUGAUACUUUAUCUGGAAAGCAGUCAAUUGCUGGAUUUGUCGCUAGCCUGAAUGAAAUAAUGACACGGUGGUUUUCACGCUGUGUUGUUCAAAGCUGUGGGCAGGAACUUGUGGAUGGGCUCAAAGCCUGCUUGCAAACUGCUCUGAAAGAAUGGUUCAAGUGGAAUAAAUAUUUGCCCUCCCGUAUUAUUGUGUAUCGUGAUGGUGUGGGAGAUGGACAGCUCAAUACAUUGGUGAAUUAUGAAGUGCCUCAGUUUCUGGAUUGCUUGAAGACUGUUGGUAAAGACUACAAUCCAAGACUGACUGUGAUAGUUGUGAAGAAACGAGUGAGUACCAGAUUCUUUGCACAGACUGGUGGAGGACUUAAAAACCCACCCCCUGGCACUGUCAUUGAUACAGAGGUGACCAGACCAGAAUGGUAUGAUUUCUUUAUUGUGAGUCAGGCAGUGAGAAAUGGUUGUGUUGCACCCACUCAUUAUAACGUAAUAUAUGACACUAGCAAGCUGAAACCAGAUCACGUACAACGUUUAACCUACAAACUCUGCCAUAUGUACUAUAACUGGUCGGGUGUUAUCAGAGUACCUGCUCCUUGCCAGUAUGCCCAUAAACUGGCUUUCCUUGUAGGUCAGAGCAUUCACAGAGAACCAAACCUGCUGCUUUCAGACAGACUUUACUAUCUCUGAAGUUAUUUGUUUAAAAACAACAAAGUUCAGAUCUAGGGAUGGUAGAAAUGUGUGGUUUGGGUUGGGAUGGGUGGAUGGGGGGGUUGGUUUUCAUGAGACACACGCAUGGGUACGCGCAGUUGUGGAACUUUAUUUUCACUGUAGAAGGAGAAAGAUUGAAGAUAGCAGGUCUGUGUUUUCAGUAAGACUUUAUUCAACUGCAUAGAGGUAACAGUGUUAGAGACUGCUGCAGGUUCAUAGGUGAACUUAGUUUUGUGGUCAACAUUGUUCAUUAGUUUUCUCAUUUGAAAAGCGUUCACUUGAUUUCCUGUAAGGAGCAUUAGUAUCUACAUCAGCACUGACUUGGGGGAGGGAGGAAGAAAGUCAUGCUAUUUACAAAGGUUUUUGGUUUUUCAUUUCCAAAUAAUUGGAAGGGCUUAGGUGUCAGUUCAGAUUAUAAUGCUAAGGUUCUUGCUGGUAACUGUUGAGCAGGAGUGGCUUAAUUUGUAAGACAAAACAUGGAGUGCUUCUGAUGUUUUAUUACCAGCUGUCCCGUUAAACUAGGUCAGACAAGCGUUGGAUUAGUGCUGUUUUUUUGAAACUGACUUGUGAACUUUGUUACUUUUCUUUGCAAGAUCUAAAUAAAGUUGUAAUCCUGCUUCCUUGA